ACGCCACCGUGACGGACCCCUCCCAGCUCCGCCAAUAGCUCCACCAGCGGCGACGAUCCGGCAGGAACCUUGGCUCGGCCAGCAAGGGCGACCCCCUCCGGUGCUUCCACGGUGAGGCUGAGCCCCCCUGCCGCUUGCCGCAGGCGUCAGGAUGGAGAUGUGGAAGGAGAUCGGGGCCGCCGGGCGGAGCGCGGCUGACGGUGAUGGAUCAGUGGCCACGGCAGAUGGGGAGAUGUCGUUGGAGGACUUCCUGGCCAGGGCGGGGACGUUGUGGUUCCUUCCUUAGCGAAGUUGCAAGCGGGAUUUCGCCUGGAUCCUGUAAUCGCCGACCGGUUUUCGCAGCAGGAGCGGUGGAGAAUCCGAUUCCAGGGUUUGGGAAUGGAGUGGAGGGUGGAUAAGGCUGCGUUGCAGAGGCAGAAGGGGAUGAUGAAUCAAGAACAGAGUCAGCUGCCAGGUCCAGGGAGAGAAACAGGCAUACACUGUAGAGCUCGAAUCUUUGAUAUUGCGUCUGGAGGAGGAAAAUGCUAUCAAUCUUCUGAGAAGAGCUUAUGGAGAAUCUAAUCCCAGUCACCGAGAAGAAAAAACCACCUCGUGUUCUUGCAGUGGUAGAAAGAGGUGGAGACUCAUGAAAGAAUCAUUCAUCUAAAAAGUGGGCCUCUCUUGCUUCUAAAGCAGAGGACUGUUUCUGACAGGUCGAACCUGUCUUCUUUAUGAGAGGUCUAUGCUUGAUAUUACUGUUUCAGAGGUUCAAGAACCAUGGCACAAGAAAAGUGAUCUCGAAGUCCCGGCAUCAGAUCUGGAAAGUGAUGCCGACUUGACUCCAGGGACCAAAUACCAGAGGGAUGCAAACAAAGAACCCAUCACGCCUCUCCUGUGCGCUGUGUCUUCUUCCUCUGUCCGAACUGUUUUGGGCUAUGCAAUUGAAUGCCCGAGCUUGAUUAAAAUUCUUCACAGAGCUCGUCUACCGAAGAGCCCUCCUCUCGCUCGUUGCCUGUCCCCCACUGAAGCCUCGUAGCUAUCUGACUGUAAAGUCUGAUGACACUAAAUGCUGCUCCAAUUUGAAAGCUUCUUCUUCUAGCUGCUUCAAAUCUGCAUCUCCUGCUGCUCCGUCUCGGAAUCAAUCUUACAGCCCCUGCGAUGUGGCCAAUUCCCUCCGUUUCCUGCCUCCUGCUCCUCUUCUUCCUCCUCCGAACCUCUCAAGCUAUGGUGACAGUUGUGGUAGAUGGCCUUGCAGAGUGGAAAUCUCCCGUAGUUCAUGUCGGAGACUCUCUCGUCUUCAAGCACCAGCAGGUGCAGAACUUGUACCUCUUCCGCAACAGAAGGGCCUUCGACCUCUGCAGCUUCGAUCAAUCUAUCCUCAUCUACGAUGGCAAGUCCUCCCUUUUCACGUGGCGGCCUUCGCGCCCUGGUUAUUAUUACCUCGCCACCAGAAACAGUUCUCAGAGGAGCUGCGAGCAGGUUGAGAAGGUGCCUGUUAGAGUAGUGACUCCACACCCGUCGCCGGGCUUCCCUUCGCUCCCUUCUCCGGCACCCACUUCCGGAGGAGAUAUCUCUUCCUCUCCCUCUCCCUCUCCCUCGAACUCGUGGACUUCUGUUAGCUCACCCCGCUCCGGCCCCAGCCCCAGCCCCAGCCCGGCGCCCGUGGACUUUGGCCCGUUGCAGCCGAAGGAAAGGCUGACUCCGGCGGCCACUCCGUCGUCUUCGGUGACCGCGGGUUCGGUCCCGUUCAUUAGCAGCAGUCCAGCGGUUCCUCUUCCCGUGGGAGAGACCGAUACGGCUACCAUCCUCCCAUUUCCAACCCCGGGCUCGGAGACUCAGGUGGUGGGGAUGGCGUCGUCGUGCGCUGCAGUGCAGAUGUCGCUGCUGAUGGUGGUCAUGAUGCUCUCCCUCGGACUCGUGGUGGACACCAGCCUCCCUUUUGCGGCUUUUCUGUAGCCACAGGCAAACUUCUUGUGUAGUCUUUUUCCUUUUUCUUUUUCCUUUUCCCCUACCUUGUGUUUUGUUCUUCUGAUGAUGUGAGGCUUAGAGUUGGGCUUUAGAUCUUAACGCAUGCAUGCAUCCCGCCAUGGAUUCCACGAACUGAGAGCCACCAUGCCUUGACUGUCCCUGGCUGAUGGUGGUUAGCAACUUGGCUAUUUUGACCAGUUUAUUGUGGUGGCCAUGGCCUCUAACCUUUUCCAUAGAGAGGGUAAAGCAGCCCAAAUCUUUCGCCGUU